CCACAUUAUUAAACCCCGCACAUCUUCCCCUCAAACUCAAAGUGUCAAGACAAGUGACUGGACGUGCAUGUGGCCCAUAUUUCACCCAUAACAGAUUGAGGCUAUCGUACACUCCUCUCUACAGCUGGACAUGUUUUUUACCCUGCUUAUUCUUCUACAUACUCUGUGUACCACACAUGCCAUAGCUCUAGAUCCCUGCUCAGCCUACAUCAGUCUGAAUGAGCCGUGGAGAAACACCGACUACCACGUCAAUAACUCCGCAGGUGUCCCUCUGUGUGACCGACACGUGUCUGGAGAAUGGUAUCGCUUCACAGGGAUGGCCGGGGACGCUAUGCCCACCUUCUGUAUCGAAGAGAACCACUGUGGUACCCAUGCCCCCAUCUGGCUAAAUGGCAGUCACCCACUGCCUCGUGAUGGCACUGUCACCGUGCCCGCAUGUGCCAGCUUUAACAACAACUGCUGUCACUGGACCGCCAGCGUGGACGUGAAGGCCUGUGCUAAGGGUUAUUACGUCUACCGCCUUCCCCGACCCUCCGUCUGUUUCCACGUCUACUGUGGCCAUUUCUAUGACAUAUGUGAUGAGGUGGAGUGCAAUGGUGCUGAUUGUCCCGUUGAGCCUGAAUGUCGCUGUCCUGCUGGGACCGUUCUGGGAACUGAUGCACAAACAUGUCUGGAUGUGAAUGAGUGUGAGAAGGGGAAUGGAGGCUGUGCAGAAAUUUGCAUCAACACCAAAGGUUCUCACCGAUGUGAGUGUGGACCGGGCAAAGUGUUGGAUGUGGAUGGAAAGAGUUGUAAGGAAAUCGCAGGAUGUGACCACGUGAAUGGAGGCUGUAGUCAUGGAUGCUCCUCAGAGGAGGACUCAUAUUACUGUCACUGUCCUCGGGGUCUAACACUAGGAGAUGACAAACGCAGCUGUGAGGUCCCUGUCCAGUGUGAUCCUAGUUCAAUACAGGUCUCAGUUCCUAAAGACCUGGUGGGAGGACUUGAACUCUUCCUGUCUAACUCUUCUUGUCGUGGCCUUUCCAACGGCACCCACAUUAACCUCCGCUUCAGUUUGAAGACCUGCGGCACUGUGGUGCAGGUCAUCGAUGACAAAAUUAUCGGCACUAACUUGGUGACGGGGUUGCCGCGGUCGAGUCCUGGCAGCAGUGGGGAUUUGAUCGUGCGUACCAGUAAACUACUGCUGCCAAUCACAUGCGAGUUUCCACGUCAGUAUGAAGUGUCAGACGGAUACCUGCCCAGCCUACGCAACACAGCACUUGAGCUGGCGGGACACAGUGAAGGAGUUUUCCCCUUUACCCUGGAGCUCUUUAAGAGCGCUGAGUUCUCUGAGCCGUACAGUCAACCUCCUCAGCUGCGUCUGCAUGACUCGCUGUACUUUGGUGUUGAACCUCUCGAGCGAGUGGAUGGUCUUGCCGCAUUUGUCGAAAGCUGUUUUGCAACACCCAGCCCCAAGGCUGACCAGGCCUUGAAAUAUUACCUCAUUAAAGAUGGCUGUAUUACAGAUGAAACCGUACGUCAGCUUUCAGCCAAAGAUCAGCUCUCCAAACACUACCAGGUCCCUGUCUUCAAGUUCAUUGGCAAGGACAACCGAGAGGUGUUUCUGCAUUGCCGUGUGUUGGUGUGUGGACAGUCCCAAGGCGAGUCCCGCUGCACGCAGGGCUGUCGAAAACGAUUGAGGAGGGCUCUGUGGGCCGACCAGCAUCAAGUGCAAGACAUCCUGUCCAGUGGACCCAUUCAUAUACUACCAGACCCAUGAGACACACUCACCAUCCAGCAUGUGUUAACGCUAACCCGCAAAUGAAACAGCUCCCUCUACAGUUUAUACACACAUAUUUAUACAGUACAAUAUAUCUGCAGUAUUCAGACAUUUUUAUUAAAUAAAGGGCACUAUUGGUCAAGCAUCAAUACAUGUAAAGCUCUGCUCGAAUGUAUUUAUGGCAUAAUGACAAAUUAAAUAUAUCAAAUCAAAAUCAAAAUUAGUCAUAUAUGUUGUACUGUUUCUGUGCUUUCAUUAUUCACAUCUUUGUUUUCUAUAUAAAACAGAUCAUUUCUAGGCUAUAAACUAUGGAGGACCACAAAAUUCAUGCAAAAUGUAAUAAAGAACUUGAAUAUUUAAUAACUACCUGGACAAUAAAAAUAGCAAUUAAUAGAUUUGUUUAAAAUGUCAUUAAUUAAUCUAUAAAUAAAUAGACAAAGUUACAAAAAAAUCAUUAUGUAACAUUUUAUCAGGCAAUAAAAGUGAGAUUAUAAAAAUAACGUAGAAAUGAAAUAUUAAUCCAUUAAUAAAGCUCAAAGUAAUAUAACAAUUUACAAAAACAACAUAAAACACUCAAUAAGUUCAUCAUUUUAAAUAUUGCAUUUAUAAAUUCUUAAUUAAAUAAUGGAAUUUCAAAAUGUAUUUCAAAAAGCGAUUUAAAAAGAGAAAUAAAUAACUGGAUUUAUAAAUUAAACUACAAAUACAGGUUUAAAUUAGGCAUUUAAAAGGGCAUUUCUGUUUAACAUUUCUGUUUUCAUUUUCCGAUGGUUCUCCUUAUUCUUUUCGCUAUUCGAUUUGCUUUUCGUUUUAGCUUUUCCGUGAUGCAUUUAUAAAUUCUUCUUAUUAAUGGAUUAAUAUUUAAUUUCUAUGUUUUUUUAUAAUCUCACUUUUUAUUGCCUAAUAAAAUGUUACAUAAUGAUUUUUUACUUUGUCUAUUUAUUUAUUUAUUUAUAGAUUAAUUAAUGAAAUUUUAAACAAAUCUAUUAAUUGCUAUUUUUAUUGUCCAGGUAGUUUUUAAAUAUUGAAGUUCUUUAUUACAUUUUGCAUGACUCUUGUGGUCCUCCAUAAUAAACCAGUUUGAAGUCAUCCUGAUAAUCUGAGUGAUGUGUUGUGUGCAGUAAAACAUCUGUUAAUGUAAACACAGAACCUUGAAUCUCAAGCUUUCACAAUUAAAUUGAAGAUUUCAUUAAAGCUUUGAACCAGAAAUUAUUACAGUCUUAUCAAUAGCUUUAUUUUAAAUAUGUAAUAUGUAUCAUUAUGUUCAGCACUGUAUUACUGAAGAAAACAAAUAAUUGAAACGGCCAGUAAUACAAUAGUUUUAUUUGUCACAGGCAUCAUGUCAUUUUAUUGUCUUUCACAGUGUAAUAAACAACCUUUGCAUUGCUAAGGUUCAGACAGAUUAAAUAUGAAUUUGAGUUUAAAUAAAAUUCAAAAUAAAAAUAAG